UCAAAUGUGAAACGAAAGUGGAUAUUGCAUUCCUUGUAGACUCUUCAGGAAGCAUUGGUAGGCGUAAUUGGAAUAUAGUUCAACAUGUUCUAAUUGAUACAAUCAAAGAGAUUACAGUUAGUGCUGAUGGGAACCACGUGGCAAUGAUUCACUUCAGCACAAGACCUGAAAUAGUAUUUGGUUUUCACACCCUAUACGGAUCUGAGACAGUUGAGUUGUACAGUAGAAAGAUAAAUCGUAGGCGGUUUCAAAAAGGCCUUACGUAUAUUGAUAGAGCUUUGGAAUUAGCGUACCGGGAAAUUUUCAAAAGCUCAGCAGGGAUGAGAACUUCAGAUGAGGUUCGAAAGAUUGCCGUAAUUAUAACAGACGGAGUGCAGACUAGUGGCUCUUAUGAUGUUAUUUCCGCAUCUCAGCCUUUAAAGGACCGUGGAGUGGAGAUUUAUGCUUGUGGUAUUGGAAGUGAUGUUGACCUUUUUGAACUAUACCAAACUGCUUCAAAUCCCAGCAACGUCUUUUCCACGAACACUUUUUAUUCUAUGGAAAGCGACUUUCCACGAAUGAUACGUGAAAUACUAUGCCAAUCAGAACGGCAAACGUCUUGUGUGCAUAUCCCUGUAGACACAACUAUGGAUAAGCCCCUGUUUGCUCAGGAAAAUAGCAUUAAAAGGGGGUUAAGGGUGUACUGA